AUGUCGCCUCAAGCUCCUCACCUGGCUGUUCCGAAGCUCCUCGUCUACUCCAUCCCCUCUGGCCACUCCCAAACCAAUACGAUUCGCCUCUGGCACUUCCGCCCCAACAUUUUCAUCCACGCUCACCCGCACGCCUUACUCUGUCACUGGAAUCACGCAUCUCAUCCCUUACGUCGAGGUCCUCCUCUAUCUCCAUACGAUCAUUCUCCAAUGCCGACGCCCUCACCCUCCGCUCCUCUUCCCGACGCCUCUCCUCUGCCGCCGCUCUCUCCCUCUGCUCCUUCUCUUCUGCCUCCCUUCGCGCGUCCUCCUCCCGACGCCUCUCCUUUGCCGCCGCCCUCUCCCUCUGCUCCUUCUCUUCUGCCUCCCUUCGCGCGUCCUCCACCCGACGUCUCUCCUCUGCCGCCGCCCUCUCCCUCUGCUCCUUCUCUUCUGCCUCCCUUCGUGCGUCCUCCACCCGACGUCUCUCCUCUGCCGCCGCCCUCUCCCUCUGCUCCUUCUCUUCUGCCUCCCUGCGCGCUUCCUCUUCCCAACGUUUCUCCUCUGCCGUCGCCCUCUCCCUAUGGUCCUUCUCUUCUGCCUCCCUGCACGCCUCCUCUCCCUGACGCCUCUCCUCUGCCACCGUCCUCUCCCUCUGCUCCUUCUCUUCUGCCUCCAUGCGCGCUUCCUCUUCCCGACGUCUCAAAUCUGCCGCCGCACGCUCCCUCUCCUCCUUCUCUUCUGCCUCCGCCCGUGCUUCCUCUUCCCGACGCCUCUCCUCUGCCGCCGUCCUCUCCCUCUGCUCCUUCUCUUCUGCCUCCCUUCACGCCUCCUCUUCACGACGCCUCUCCUCUGCCGCCGCCUUCUCCCUCUGCUCCUUCUGUUCUGCCUCCCUUCGCGCCUCGUCUUCCCGACGUUUCUCCUCUGCCGCCACCCUCUCCCUCUGCUCCUUCUCUUCUGCCUCCGUGCGCGCAUCCUCUUCCCGACGUUUCUCCUCUGCCGCCGCCCUCUCACUCUGCUCCUUCUCUUCUGCCUCCCUGCGCGCUUCCUCCUUCCGACGUCUCAAAUCUGCCGCCGCACGCUCCCUCUGCUCCUUCUCUUUUGCCUCCCUUAGCGCCUCCUCUUCCCGACGUUUCUCCUCUGCCGCCGCCCUCUCCCUCCGCUCCUUCUCUUCUGCCUCCCUUCGCGCCUCCUCUUCCCUGCGCAUCUCCUCUGCCGCCGCUCUCUCUGCUCCUUCUCUUCUGCAUCCAUUCGCGCUUCCUCCUCCCGACGUUUCAAAUCUGCCGCCUCCCUCUCCCUCCGCUCCUUCUCCUCGGCCUCCCUUCCCAUGUCCUCCUCCCGACGUUUCUCCUCUGCCUCCGCCCUCCCCCUCUGCUCCUUCUCUUCUGCUUCCCUUCGCGCUUCCUCCUCUCGACGUUUCAAAUCUCCCGCCUCCAUGCUUGUAACCUCUUGCCGACUCCUCUGCUCUGCAGCCGCCCUCUCUUCUGCAUUCCUGCGCGGCUCCUCUUCCCGACGCUUCUCAUUAGCCGCCCCCCCCUCCUGCUCUUUCUGCUUGGCCUCCAUUCGCGCAUCCUCUUCCCGACGUUUCUCAGCAGCCGUUCUCCCCCUUUGCUCUCCAUCUUUUGCGUGUGCUGCUGGUGCGGAGGUGCUGCUGGUGCUGGUGCUGCUGGAGCUGCUGGAGGUGCUGCUGCUGCUGGCGGUGCUGCUGGCGCUGCUGGAGGUGCUGCUGGUGCUGGUGCUGCUGGAGCUGCUGGAGGUGCUGCUGCUGCUGGCGGUGCUGCUGGUGCUGCUGGAGGUGCUGCUGGUGCUGGUGCUGCUGGAGCUGCUGGAGGUGCUGCUGGAGCUGCUAGAGGUGCUGCUGGUACUGGUGCUGCUGGUGCUGGUACUGCUGGAGCUGCUGGAGGUGCUGCUGGUGCUGGAGCUGCUGGAGGCACUGCUGCUGCUGGCGGUGCUGCUGGAGCUGCUGGAGGUGCUGGUGCUGCUGGAGGUGCUUCUGGUGCUGGAGCUGCUGGUCCUGGAGCGUGUCCCUCUGCCGUCUCCUCCUGCGUCCUCUCUUCCUGA